AUGGGACAAGCCGAUUCACGGCCUUUACAAGAAAUGGUUGAAAAUAGCAAUUUUACCGCCGAAGAAAUACAAAGACUUUACAAAAGAUUUAUGAAACUUGAUAAAGAUAAGUCAGGUUCCAUAGAUCGAGAAGAAUUUCUUUCUAUUCCACAAAUUGCCAAUAAUCCAUUAGCAUCAAGAAUGAUUGCUAUAUUUGAUGAAGAUGGGGGUGGAGAUGUAGAUUUCAAAGAGUUUAUUGCUGGAUUGAGUGCUUUCAGUUCAAAAGGAAACAAAGAUGAGAAAUUACGUUUUGCCUUUAAGGUAUAUGAUAUGGAUAGAGAUGGACUCAUUUCCAAUGGGGAAUUAUUUAUUGUAUUGAAGAUGAUGGUUGGCAAUAAUCUUAAAGAUAAUCAACUUCAACAAAUUGUUGAUAAAACGAUUAUGGAAGCUGACAAGGAUAUGGACGGAAAGAUUUCUUUUGAAGAAUUUUAUUCAGUAGUAGAGUCAACUGAUAUUGCAAAAAUUACCGCCGAAGAAAUACAAAGACUUUACAAAAGAUUUAUGAAACUUGAUAAAGAUAAGUCAGGUUCCAUAGAUCGAGAAGAAUUUCUUUCUAUUCCACAAAUUGCCAAUAAUCCAUUAGCAUCAAGAAUGAUUGCUAUAUUUGAUGAAGAUGGGGGUGGAGAUGUAGAUUUCAAAGAGUUUAUUGCUGGAUUGAGUGCUUUCAGUUCAAAAGGAAACAAAGAUGAGAAAUUACGUUUUGCCUUUAAGGUAUAUGAUAUGGAUAGAGAUGGACUCAUUUCCAAUGGGGAAUUAUUUAUUGUAUUGAAGAUGAUGGUUGGCAAUAAUCUUAAAGAUAAUCAACUUCAACAAAUUGUUGAUAAAACGAUUAUGGAAGCUGACAAGGAUAUGGACGGAAAGAUUUCUUUUGAAGAAUUUUAUUCAGUAGUAGAGUCAACUGAUAUUGCAAAAAAUGAUGAAUUGAAUAGCUAUCUUAAACGAAUUAAAGAGGGACCUUCGCCAUCAGAUUAUUCUGGAAGAGGAAAUAAAGGCUGGCCUUCUGGACAGUUUGGUGAAGAUCCUUUAUACUUAAAUCACCACCCAGCUUCUGCAUCUGGAAAUCCUAUCACAAUCUAUCAUCCAGUAUUUGAAAUGUUUGUGAAAGAUUGCCAAACUGCUGUUCCUACACAAGAAACCUAUGAUCAUGUUGUGGAAGUUACUGAAAGCAUGUCUGAUGUGUUCCAUAAUGAAGAUUUGCGAACAGAUGAGUUUCACCAUUUGCUAGAAAAGUUUAAUAUAACAGUCAACAGAAUUGGUAUUGAUAAGUGCACAACAGAUGGUACUGCAUUGGCUGGAGAUGGAUGUUUUUUUGUUAUCAAUGUUGAAGUGAAGCCUGAACUUAGAGAAGGAAAUGGCUGUCCAUAUAUUCAGGGCAUUGUAUAUUAUGGGAAGAAAGUAGCUCAGUAUCUAGAGACAAGGAAAGGACAACAGACACGUUUGCCUUGUUUUAUCUUGUACUUGGCAGACCCAUUUCUUGGAGUUGCAGGUGUCAUCUAUAGCCAUGUGUUCACUGCUCUCAAAUCAACCUAUAACAUGCUUCAUGAAUAUUACAAUUCGCCUGAAAUAGGUCCACAAUCACUGUGGCCCUAUUAUCAAGCAUUCAAAUAUCAACACAAGCAGGUGGAAUUUGAGUAUAGAAAACAGCUGUAUAAGGAUAAGUUACUGUUUGUGGUGGAAACCAAACAAAAUUCAGUCAUUCCUGACCUGCCUUGUAGAUUACUUGUUAAGUUUACAGAGUCCUAUGGGGAAGCAUGCUAA